CGUUCUGAACACAGUUUGACCUCACGGCAUUAUCAUAACUCCAACGACAUGACGUUUUGACGCAACUGGAGCCAUUUUGUGCUUUUUAAAUGGCGCUGCGAGCCACAUCCCACACAGACCUGCAGACAGCUGGAAAAUCGUCGUUGGACAGCAGCCUGUAUAAAUCUUUGUCUAUGAGCAGCAGUAACGUUAACAGAGGGACCAGGUUCAGCAAUGGUCCAAUGGAAGAUGUCAAGGGUCACUCCAGGAUCUCACGGCGGCCCGUCCGAGCAGUCAGACCGGUCAGUGCUCUCGGCUCUAACGGCACCUUCCUCCAGAUUAAUCAUCUGCAAGGAGAGCUGGUCAGAAAGAGGAAGGAAUGCGAGGACCUGAAGAAAGAAAACAAGUACUUAUCCAAUGAGAUCCACAUGGAGAGGAUCAUGAUGCGCACAGAGAGUGAGCUGACCAUGAGGAACCUCAGGAACCUCAACCAGGAUCUGCAGGCUCAAGUCAAAGAGCUGAAGCAGAAGCUGUUUCAAAGCCAGCAGAGGGCAUCGCUGUGUUCACGGGCAGCGGAUGAGGCAGCGGUGACCCGGGGAGAGGCCGAGAAAAGCACAGCCUUAGCAGAGGCCCGGGCCCUCAGGUGUCAGAGGGAUAAGGAGGUGGCUGAAGCUGACAGGAGUCGGCUCAAUGAAGAACUACAGCAGCUGAAAAAAGAGGCACUCAGAUACUGUACACUCAGCUGACAUACACACCAACACAUAAACCAUGCUGUUGGGUAAUCAGACACAGUGGUUAGUGUAACCACAGCACAGCAUGUAACGGACACCCUCCAUUGUUUCUUUGUCAGAGACGUGACAUUCUAUUUAUAAUUAUCUCAGAAUUUACCACUUAGUGUCAAUCAUAGGCCAAAUGAAUACACACUGACUUGCCAGUUUAUCUUCCAUUAGCAGUAGAUAG